AUGGGAAAUGAUGGAGGUUCCUUACCAACGCGAAAUGAGUUAGUCAAAGAGCCACCAAAAACGCGUCCACUUGACAUUGAUUUUAAGCGUUCUUUGAAGCAAUCAAAAAUUACCCAGUGCUCAAUAACCGGCGAUCCUUUGUCACCGCCCAUCGUUUCUUGUGGUCUUGGAAGGUUAUACAACAAAGCGACAAUAUUGCAAAUGCUUUUAGAUCGCAGUAGCGUCCCUGAAGCACCUAAUCAUAUUCAGUCGCUGAAAGACGUUGUCGAUCUCCAUGCUGAGCAAGACGAAGAAAACAAAGUAUUAUGGGUGUGCCCCAUCACAAGACAUGAAAUGUCUAGCGCCUAUCAAUUUGCUUAUAUCGUCCCCUGUGGCCAUGUCUUUGAAAAUACUGCAGUAAAAGAAUUUGGAGAAAAUAAUUGCUUUCAGUGUAAUGCUCCUUAUGAACAAGAAAAUAUAAUCCCCAUUAAUCCCAGCGGUGAACAAAUACAGGCAUUAAGUAAACGUUUAAUAAUGCUUACAAAAUCCGGAAAAUCCCACAGUCUUAGUGUGAAGAAGUCAUCAAAAAAGCACAAGAAUCCAGAGAAAAAAAGGAAAAUUUUUAAUGAUUCUGACGAAGUACCGUCACUUACAUCUGUCGAUUCAGACUCUUCAUUGAGAAAAAAAAGCAAGUCUGAUUUUGAAGGCAAUUCAAAUUCCGAGUCCGCCAGAAAAGAACGGAUUAAGGCAUAA